AUGUCAAAGCCUGCAGUUCUCCUCAUCGGAGGAUUGGCACACGUCGACAGAGAAUGGCAAAGUCUGAGUUCCAAAUAUAAUCUGAAGGAGUUCCGGAAGGGCACCCGCGAGCAGUUCCUCUCCAACUGCAAGAGCGGCCAGUACGACGACGUGGUGGCUCUCUAUCGCUCGAACUUGUCCGUGUCAGAAACAGGGCCCUUCGACAAAGAGCUGGUCUCUGUCCUGCCCCGGUCUCUGCAAUACAUCUGCCACAACGGGGCGGGAUACGACAACAUUGACGUGGAGGCUUGCACCCAAAGAGGUCUCAAGAUAUCCAGCACGCCGAUCGCCGUUGACGACGCGACCGCUGAUGUGGGCAUCUUCCUGAUGCUGGGUGCUUUGCGGCUGGCGUGGGUCCCUUUGGUGGCGAUCCGGGAAGGCAAAUGGCGCGGGAAGGCCCAGCUCGGACAUGACCCCAAGGGCAAAGUGCUGGGGAUCUUGGGGAUGGGAGGAAUUGGCAGAGCGAUGGCUCACCGAGCACGAGCAUUUGGGAUGAAGAUUGUGUACCACAACCGCACGCGGCUGCCGAAAGAGCUCGAGGGCGACGCGACGUACCUGAAUUUCGACCAAUUACUUGCCCAGUCCGACGUGCUCAGCCUGAAUCUCUCUCUCAACGCCAAGACGCGGCACAUCAUAUCUGCGCCGGAAUUCGCAAAGAUGAAGGACGGCGUGGUGAUCGUCAACACGGCUCGAGGGGCGCUCAUCAACGAGAAAGACCUGGUCGCGGCGCUGGAGAGCGGCAAAGUGUCGUCGGCGGGGCUGGACGUGUUCGAAGAGGAGCCCAAGGUGGAAGAAGGGCUGUUGAAGAACGAGAAGGCCUUCAUCGUGCCGCACAUUGGCACCAGUACCUACGAGACGCAGCGGGAGAUGGAGCUGCUGGUGUUGCAGAACCUGGAGAAUGCGGUGGACAAGGGUUCUCUGUUGACCCCGAUUCCGGAGCAGAAGGGAAACCCCAAGGGGAAUUUGUGA